AUGAAAGAAAGAAAAACUAUGUCAUUAAAAUAUCUUAUUAAUUAUGAUGACCUUCCAUCAGUUGCUUUUAAAUCAAAAGAAAUUAAAGUAAAUUGGACUGAUAAAUCAAUUUCUAAUAUUGAUUUACCAAAUACUUAUACUUUGAUAGCAAAUGUAAUUGUAAAUAAAAUAAAACAUAAUACAAAUGUACAUCCAAGGAAUAAAGUUGAUAUUAGGAAAAGAACUUCAAAAGAAGUAUUUUUUAAUGAAAUCGCACCAUUUCAAUUGAAGAAUGGUGGUUUUUAUACUCAAAGAAUCAAAGAAAUUUUGUAG